AUGGCCGAGACUUUCGAGUUCCAGGCUGAGAUCUCUCAGCUUCUCUCCCUCAUCAUCAACACCGUCUACUCCAACAAGGAGAUUUUCCUCCGUGAAAUUGUCUCCAAUGCCUCCGAUGCCUUGGACAAGAUCCGCUACAAGUCGCUGUCCGACCCCACCCAGCUCGACUCUGGCAAGGACCUGCGCAUCGACAUCAUCCCCGACAAGGAGAACAAGACCUUGACCAUCCGCGAUACCGGUAUUGGCAUGACCAAGGCCGAUCUCGUCAACAACCUGGGUACCAUUGCCCGCUCCGGCACCAAGCAGUUCAUGGAGGCUCUGACUGCUGGCGCCGAUGUUUCCAUGAUCGGCCAGUUUGGUGUCGGCUUCUACUCUGCCUACCUCGUCGCCGACCGCGUCAGCGUCGUCUCCAAGCACAACGACGACGAGCAGUAUGUCUGGGAGUCCAGCGCCGGUGGCACCUUCAGCAUCACUGCCGACACCGAGGGCCACCAGCUCGGCCGCGGCACUGCCAUCAUCCUGCAUCUCAAGGACGAGCAGGCCGACUACCUCAACGAGAGUAAGAUCAAGGAGGUCAUCAAGAAGCACUCCGAGUUCAUCUCCUAUCCCAUCUACCUCCACGUCAAGAAGGAGACCGAGACCGAGGUCCCCGACGAGGACGCCGUGGAGGAGGUCAAGGAGGAGGAGGAGGGCGACGACAAGAAGCCCCGUAUCGAGGAGGUUGACGACGAGGAAGAGGAGAAAGAAAAGAAGAAGAAGACCAAGAAGGUCAAGGAGACCAAAAUCGAGGAGGAGGAGCUCAACAAGCAGAAGCCCAUCUGGACUCGUAACCCUCAGGACAUCACCCAGGAGGAGUACGCUUCCUUCUACAAGUCGCUCUCCAACGACUGGGAGGACCACCUGGCCGUCAAGCACUUCUCCGUCGAGGGUCAGCUCGAGUUCCGCGCCAUCCUCUUCGUCCCCAAGCGUGCUCCCUUUGAUCUCUUUGAGACCAAGAAGACCAAGAACAACAUCAAGCUCUACGUUCGCCGCGUCUUCAUUACCGAUGACGCUACCGACCUCAUCCCCGAGUGGCUUGGCUUCGUCAAGGGUGUCGUCGACUCCGAGGAUCUUCCCCUCAACCUGUCUCGUGAGACUCUUCAGCAGAACAAGAUCAUGAAGGUCAUCAAGAAGAACAUUGUCAAGAAGUCUCUUGAGCUCUUCCAGGAGAUUGCCGAGGACAAGGAGCAGUUCGACAAGUUCUACAGCGCCUUCUCCAAGAACUUGAAGCUGGGCAUCCAUGAGGAUUCGCAGAACCGCCAGCUCUUGGCCAAGCUGCUGCGCUUUAACUCGACCAAGUCUGGCGACGAGCUCACUUCGCUGUCCGACUACGUCACCCGCAUGCCCGAGCACCAGAAGAACAUGUACUACAUCACGGGCGAGUCCAUCAAGGCCGUCUCCAAGUCUCCCUUCCUCGACACCCUCAGGGAGAAGAACUUCGAGGUGCUCUUCCUCGUCGACCCCAUUGACGAGUACGCCAUGACCCAGCUCAAGGAGUUUGAGGGCAAGAAGUUGGUGGACAUCACCAAGGACUUUGAGCUUGAGGAGACCGAUGAGGAGAAGAAGGCUCGCGAGGAGGAGGAAAAGGAGUACGAGAGUCUGGCUAAGAGUCUCAAGAACGUGCUGGGCGACAAGGUCGAGAAGGUUGUCGUCAGCCAGAAGCUUGGUCUCUCCCCUUGCGCCAUCCGCACCGGUCAAUUUGGCUGGUCUGCCAACAUGGAGCGCAUCAUGAAGGCCCAGGCCCUCCGCGACACGUCCAUGAGCAGCUACAUGUCUUCCAAGAAGACGUUUGAGAUCUCGCCCAAGUCUGCUAUUGUCCAGGAGCUCAAGAAGAAGGUCGAGGCCGAUGGCGAGAACGACCGGACCGUCAAGUCGAUUGUGCAGCUGCUGUUCGAGACAUCGCUGCUCGUCUCCGGCUUCACCAUUGACGAGCCCGCCGGCUUCGCUGAGCGCAUCCACAAGCUUGUGCAGCUUGGCCUGAACAUUGAGGAGGACGAUGCGGCGCCCACCGAGGCCGCUGCCGCCGACGCCCCUGCUGCUGCUGCCGCCGGCGACAGCGCCAUGGAGGAGGUUGACUAA